AUGCCGAUGAUGAGGAUGGCCAACGGCGAGAUGAUGCGGGCACAGGUUGUGAUGGAUCCAUCGACGAUCGCGAAACGCAGCCUGAUCGGAAUCCCUGUCGAUGCGGCCAUCUGCGCCGGCGCUUCAGCUGACGAUGUCUCAGGCUCCACCAUCACCGCGCUCGCCGCCAGCUUUUGCGAUGGCGAGAUCCGAUGGCGAGGCUACAGCGACGACUGGACACCGGCAAUGGCGUGUCGGCUUCGAUGGUCGUGUCAACCUCACCAGCCAAGCGACAAGUUGCGCUACUUCGACGGUGAGCAGACCUCGCUUUCGGCAGCAGGCAACCUUCAGAGCCGAGAUGGUUCGGUGUUCAGGCUCGACGAGCUGAUGCUGGUCUGCUUGGAGCUUCAGGGCGCACGCGCUCACAUUCGCGAGCUCGACUACCAUGCCGCCGAGACCGUGCACAUCUGCACCGGUUGUUCGAGACUCCACUUCGACUGCCAAUGCGAGGUGCCGGCAGCGUCCAGGACGGCCAUUUUGCCAGCGGCGACGGUGAGGCUGCUUGAGGUUGGUUCGGCCGAGUUUGGCACCGCCGCAGCAUGCGUGACCGAUGAUGGCAGCGUCACAAUCACGACGACUCUCGAGCUCGCUGCACGCAACGUCACCGGAAGCUUGCGCAUGGUUGUCGUUCUGGAGGUCGACCAUCAGCCUCAACGCCACGCCGAAUUCUGCGCCGCCGGUGUUGCUGAGCAGCUUUGGAGGAUGGCCGUGCAGCGUGACAGCGGCGGCUUCGAGAUGGAAUGGUCAGCGGACCCUUCAGCUUCUGAGCUCACCUCGAUUCGAAUCUGCCGCCGUCUCAGCACCAUGCCAUGCCAGUCGAUUGAGCUUGCCAUCGAGGCAGCCAAGGAUCUGGUCGCUGAUGAGCGGCUCAAUGUCCGCGCCAGAGAGUGUGCCGCUCUGCUCUGCAAUCUGUUCUGCGACCCGUUUGAUCGGCUCACCGCCGUGCUCUCUGACUGGCCGACCUUGCCUUGCUCACUCGCCGAGCUUGCGACGCAGCCGCCACGGAGCAUCUUUCUGACCGAUUUGCGACAAGGACGCUCCCUUUGCUGGCUGGUUUCGGUGGUCGACGAUCGCUGGUUCGAGGGUCGAUUGUUGCGCCACACCAACCAGAGCCGCAUCAGCUUCAAGGCCUGCAGGCGAAUCGGAAGGUCGAUGAGAGGCCUCAACAUCAUCGCGGCAAUCGCUUGUUUCGAUGUGAUGAUCGACAAGCCUCGCCUCGUCGGCAUCCUGCAUCACGAACCCACGAACGUGCCGCUGCAGCAGGUUGAGCGAAUCUUUUGCGAGUGCACCGGCGUGCAUGCAUCUGGUGCUGACAUCGUCGACCUCGACACCGUCGCCGCAACCUUCGACAGAUGCCGUGGCAGAGGCCUUUCACUCUGCUCGUCGCACGAUGGCUUUCACUUUCUCGCGGCAACGUCGAUUCGCGUCGCUGUCGGUGAUGAUGGCAUCGCCAGGAUCGCCAAUGGCAUCGUCGCUCCUCCAUCUGCACAAGCGGCAGUGACCGUCGCCGAGAUCGAUGCAGGUGUGGCGAGAGUUUCGAUGGAGUGCCUGCUCAACAACCACCAGCUCGCUGCGACUGCCGUCCACGAGGAUGAUGUCGAUUGCGAGCUGUCGACGAAUGCAGAGGUCUUCCAGUUCAUUGCCUGCCACGACGGCAGUGGCCAUCAGCCUGGCAACGCUGCAGCAGUGGUUGGCGAGGGCAAUGUGACGUCGCACUGGAACGCCACAACUUGGCGCAAGACGCUGCUCGAGGCUCACACGUUGACGCUCAAGGCGCUGGCACAGAACGAGAGCGGCAAGGUUGUGGUGCUUGGCGAGAAUCUGACACGCGCCUUCACCAGCAGCACUCCAGCAAUGCCGCGCUCGUUGUUGCUUGCCUGCGAAGAUGUCCGCACGCUCGACUUCGCUUGGCGGCGGCUGCUGGUGAGAGGCGAAGAUCUUUUGCACGGCUCUUGCGGUCAGCUUGGAUGGUGCUUCCGGUCGAGUUUGAUCGACCAUUUGCCGGCAGGCAGCAUCACCAUCGCCGUGGCAAUGCCCUCAGUUGACGAUUUGGAUGUCAUCGAGCGAGCCGUCGACAGAGCAGCAUCGCGGCUGAAGGUUAUCGCGAUGACGUACGGUGGCAACCUGCUCUCCAACUGCAGCUUCGGCGAGAGCGGCGUGAGGCUCGAUUACUGCGCCGAUGGAACCGUCCUCGAGCACAGCCGCUCUGGUGCCACCGUUUCCGCCACGCUGCGCCUGCUCGUCGAAAGGUUGCGUGCGCUGAAGCCGACGCCGACAUCGCUGGCGAAGUGGACGUCAGAUUCGGCGCCCGGCACCUUCGCUGAGGAGCUUGCAUG